GGCAACACCGCCAGCCACCAACAUGUUCAGAAGAUUCAGUAAACAUGUGGACGGCUAAUUUGCUGACAAGAAGUGAUAGAAUGUAUAUUUAGGAAAAUUAAUAUAUAAUUGGUUCGUAUUACGCUACGAUUGAUGACAAGAAUCUUCCAGCUAGCUGCUCCUAGUGAACAGUUAAAACAGCCUUCCUGUCACGAGAACUUACAUUACUUGGAUUGUUUUCUGACCUAAAGCAGCAAUGAAAGCCAAACCAAACCAAGCCAAAGCCAAAACGAAGAAAAAACGCAAUUAUGUUCACGUUAAGCCCAAUAUCGGGAGAAAUUACAGGAGAUGUUUGAUUUGCGGUCAACAGUACGGUGAAAAGAAUUUGAGUAGUCAUAUACAUUCUUAUGUGCACCAUGAGGCAAUCGAACAUAUCAAGGGCAGUAAACAGUUGCAUAACUGUUUUGCCUGUGAUGUGUCUGUGAUGGGACUUGAGAUGUAUGAAGAGCAUAUUUCAACCCCUGAGCACACACAUAGGUUGUUUCUUCUCCACACUAAAGGAAAGCAAAAGCAACUUCGAGAGGACUACAAUAUUGUUCUUACUAAAGAUGAACUUAGAGCCCUUAAAAUACGGCAACAAAGGAAGCAACAACACAAAGAUUGCAGCACUUGUUUUGUAUGCUGUAAGAGUUUCCCUGUACAGGAUAUCGAUGUACAUAUGAACGGUUGUUUACACCAUCAGAUGAUUGAGCAGCUGAAAGGCAGACCACAAGUGCAUAAGUGCAGGGCUUGUGAGUUGUCAUAUGAACGUUUGGCAAAUUUUAACCUGCAUAUCCAAACUAUUGAACACCAAUACAUGAUGUUUAAACUCAAGAAGAAUACGGCUGAUGGACAGUUAGUGGACUACAAUGCUGAUAUGGACGAUGAACUCAGAAACAUUUGUGCCCAAAGGAGGAAUAUGGAGAAAAGAAAAUGUUGGGGAAAAGGGGCACAGGCAAAAACUACAUAUAAUAGCACAUAUUGGUCAACACCAGUAGUUGUGAAUGAGUUUACAAAUGCAAAAAAUCGAAAUGACAGUCCAACAUCUACGCAGCUUAUCCAAAUCCUGUCUAAAUGGAGACAAGAGGGCAUGCGUGAUAUGGACAACCUAAAUGGGCCACUUGUGAAACCAGCAGAGCAUCGUCCUCCAGAAGUUUCUGCUCACACUACACAUCCAAACCCUGAAAAAAGAGGAGGUGAUGUGUAUGACGUGACUCCAGAAACUGAAGGUGGUGCUUCUGUUGAGCCUUCAUGUUCCCCUGCAUUGGUCCAAAGCAGGUUGGAGGCUCACAGAUACAGCCUGACGACAACAGCAAGACAAGAUUGUACAAAUCAGAAGAAAACAACUGAGCAUGAAGCUGUUGUUCUCCAACAUCCACAGGAAAAAGCAAUAAAUGCAGUUUUUGAGCCCAUGGCAAGAAAAGAGAUGAAUGAAGUACAGCCACACUCUGAUUCUCUUCCAUCUGUUUCUUCUCUGCCUGAGACGGCGCUUGAAAACCAAACUUCAAAAAAUGACAGCCGGGUAUUGGAGACUGCUGAAAAUGUUCAGCCUCAUGCUGUGUGCAUGAAGAGAAAGAAAUCAAACGAAAGUGAGAAAGAACAGAGCGAGACGUUUCUGGAGAAUCACAACAUCCAGACAACUAAGAAAAGAAAACAAGACAUUUCUCAUAAUGGGCAUAACCCGAAUCCUGAGAGAAAUGGCAAAAUAUUCAAAAAAGGGAAUGUGAAUAAGUUGUUGGCGCUGUCUUUGAAAGAAGACGAGUUGACCCGCUCUUUGGAGAAUGUAGGUGACCAGCUGAUCCAGGCGCACUCCAUUUUACAGAGCACAUACACUGAAGUUCAGCGUCUGCUAGCUGUUAAACAACAGGUAACCUCAGAGAUGGCCUCACUCAGGGAAAAGCGCAUGAAGAUACUACAGCAAAUGAAGAAUACCAGUUAGCGUUCCAGUCCUCCAGACCAGAAGAUGGCACUACAGGACCUACCUCUCACAAUACUGACUAACCUCCGUGAGCUCGCAUCUCAUCUCAGAGCAAAGAAUGCAUAAGUGAUGAUAGCAGUUCACAUAUAAUUUUGCACUAAUUUAUUCAAAUCGAUGCUGAUUAUUCCUAGAAAGAACAUUUUCGAAAAGGAAAAUUUCUCAUUUGAAUAGCAAUAGCACUUUUGUAUUGCUAGAAAUUACAUUUUUUUGUAUAUAGUUUUGAAAAAUGAUAUAUUUUUUUUGUUUAGAUCAUCUGCCGUAUUAUGUCAAGCUAAGAGAGCAUGUUUGUGCUUCUCAGCAGAGCUGUUACACGUCUUAAGAUUAAGAUCAGUUUCAAAAUAGCAUCAUAAUAGCAAAACUUUUAUAAUAGCGUCAGCUGAAUAUGUUUAUUUAUUGUUCAGCACAGUUAUUUUCUUAGGAAUCUGAAAACAACUCGAAAUAUUCUGGUUGUUUUUAUGUGGGAUUUUGCUAGUCUAGCACAAGAUGCUUUGUUUACACCCAAGGUUAAUCAUGUGUUUACCCAUUGCUUGCAAUCAUGAACAUAUUUUUUUUGCACUAUUUUGAGCUGUUUGUUUAUGCUCAGCAAUACAUGCCUAGGGCAGCUAGUGGAAUAGAAUGGUGAAACACUUUAUUCGGUUUAAUUAUUUACAGUUGCACAGAAGCACACAUCGUUUAUAAGAAUGAUGUGUUUAGAUGUCAACAUUUGAGUUUAAAGGAGCAGUCUGAAUGAGGCAUUAUGGUCCAUUCAGUAGCUCAAAAUCAAUUUGGUUUGUUCUUGACCAGCAUUUGUAGAAGAAUUAAUUUAGAUUCAGAUGUAGCUCUUUCUGUCUGCACUGCUCCACCUAAUAGAUGCGCACAAUAUGUAGUUUCUACCAACUUCAGUUUUGCCAGGCUGUCUUCUGUGUUUUUGUCUUUAGGCGUACAUUGUCAGUUGAAGCCACUGUGCAUAUAAAACAGAAAGCAAGAACUUGUUAGAGUGAUAAAUAGCAGGGAUUAUAAAUGUGUACAAAUAAAAAUUAAAAUCUAAAUGAAUAGUAUGCUUCUACUUAUUCUGACACAUCUCCUGUCUUUAUCCUGGUAAAGUUUAAUACACACGAAAAUUAUGUGGCUUACCUCAAAAACAUUGAGCUUGAUAAGUCCAUCACCAUCCUUGUCAAAGGCUCUGAACGCCCCUGUUGGAGAAUCUCUUUUACUACAGGUGUCCGAUAGCAAUAAAGCAUCUCAAAAGAUAGCCACUGUGGUAGAUUUUGACUCCUGUGCACCAAGGACAAAAAACAUGCCAGACUACACACUAGUUCCUGACGAAUCAUCUUGUUACCUUAUCGUUUAAGGGUUACGCUUGGCUCCUAACAGUGAAAGCAGCCUUGAAAUGUGCCAAAAUAAAAGCAUUACUUGUAUAAUAUUUAUUAGCUGUUUUAUUUCUAUUAGAACAAAUAAAUGUAUAUUUUAUUAUUAUUUAUUUUUUAAUUUAAUGCAAUUUUUUUACAUUAAAAUAAAGUGAAAUAUUUAUUUUAAAAACAUCAGAAAAGGGUCACGUUGAGGUGUUAAAAAGAGAAUUUUUUUUUUUUGUAAUUUUGCUUAACAAAAGCUCACUGUAUAAACAUUAAGAGAAGCAUUUGGAAGAAAAGCGAUAUUCACUCCAAAAAAAAAAAAAAUCUGUCAUUUACUCACACUUUACUUAUACUUUUUUCUUCUGUUGAAAACUAAACAGGAUAUUUUGAAGAAAACUGAAAAUGUGGAAACAUUGACAUCCAUAGUAUUUGUUUUUCCUAUGGAUGUCAAUGUUUGCACACUUUCAGCUUUCUUCAAAGUAUCUUCUUUUGUUUUGAACAGAAUAAGGAAACUCAUUAAGGUUAUUAACCACUUGAGGGUGUGUAAAUAGUGUGCAAAUUUUCAUUUUUGGUGGAUCUACCCCUUUAAUUCACUGUCAUGCAAUAUCUACACUAAAAAAAAUCAUUAGUUCUAGUAAAUGUGUAAAAUGUAAGUAAAAUGUGCCAAAAUUGGGAUAAUAUUGUGGUGACCAAAUCCAGGAAGAGUGAAAUAAAAAAUUUAAAAAACUUACUAAACAUCCCCUCCAGUCGCACUAAGCAGCUAAUGUAGCUGUCGAAAUCCAGCUCCAUGUGUUCAUUGGCAUAUCGCAUGCAAAUGAUGUCAUACAGCUGAUUGUUGAGUUGAAAACCUGAGGCACAGAGACAAAUCUCAGGGUUACAAAAGGCUACAAAAUGAUUUGUUAAAUAAAGAUGUCUGAUUGUCCAACCUGCGUCAGUAAGUGCGUUCCUCAUCUCAAAACUGCUGAUUGUACUGGAUUUGUCCGUGUCGAAACGUGUAAACACCAGCUGUAAAUCAGAAACGGAGCAUGUCUUUAACAUGUUGCAGCAGUGUAGUGUAACCUGCUGAUCUAACAAGAAAAUAACAUCGAUGCAUACCUUCCACUGUUUAAUCUUGUUCCAUAAGUGUUUGAACUCCUGCAGGUUUAGAUGGCCUGUUCCAUCAGUCUAAAGUGUUGUAGUUGAGAUACAUUUCAGUGCGAUUGUGUAGCUGGGUGGAAAACUGUGAUCAACUUUGAAAUAAAGUAAUUCUGACAAUUCA